UAACCCCAUGAUUCCAAACCAGCUGAUGAGUGAGUUAAUCUCCACAUCAAGGCCUCUAGGGUUAUGCUGAAGAAGGCUGACUCAGUUUUUAGUGCAAGCCAUAGACUUGGGCAAUUAUAAGACCUAAGCCUAUGUCCCUGGGGAGGGGAUAAACCCCCCCUGAUGCAGCCUUUUGGAUUACACCAAAGUCCUAAGACUGACUGUUUGAGCUAUUCAACAGAGCACUCAAACUCUACACUAAUAUACUAGCAUAUAAGUAUGUUUCUUAACUACCUUGAUUCAAGUGAAGCGAGUCUCCACGUGUCGUACGUACACGCAAAGAAAUCCAAGAGAGUAGUAUAGGCCGAUACGGUAGGAACGUACCGGUAUUUGUACAGUACCAGUAGUCGUAAAUCGUACGAGAUACGAACCCUAAUGAGGUGGAGAGACAGGUCCGGAGCCAGUACCGGUACGAGUAUAGUACUAGUACGUACCAGUGUGAGGCGAGGGGUCAAUUAUGAUCCCUGUGUGAGGCUUAGUUCGCAAAAAUGCAAGAGAGAGAGGAAAAUUAAAAAUUAGAAGUAGAUACUGUAAGUCACCAUACCUUACAUACCUCCGAAGAGUAUUAGGACUGGUACGAGUGCUAGCGCCAAGGACUGUGAAAUGUCCGUACUCUUCAGUGUUGUACGGUAUAAUUACGUGUUUAUUCUUCGGGGUUUUGAAAAUCUGGAAUCAUCAAUCGUGACAUCGUUUUUUUUAUGGCUUUUCUCGUCGACAGAAUUUGGAUUUCCAAAACCCGAAAACGAAGCAAGAGAUCAAACGACCAAACCGAAARAAAAACUCGGCUACGCACCACGGAUUGCCGGACUUCCUUCGCUCGCAGCACAAUGUCCUCCAUGGCCUCCCGGAUCGCCCUUGUGACCGGCGGUGCUUCCGGCCUGGGCCGAGCAACGGCGGAACGCUUCGUUCGGGAGGGUGCCAGGGUGGUCCUCCUYGACCUGCCGCGUUCGGAAAGCCCCGGGCGCUCUCUCGUCGCCAGGCUMUGCGACGAGCACGGGGGGGACCGGGCGCUCUUUGUUGCGGGGGACGCAAGGGUCCCGGAGCAGGUCGGGGCGGCCCUGGACGCCGCGGAGGAGGCCUUUGGAAGCCACGUCGACACCGUGAUAAACUGCGCCGGGAUCGCCCGGGCCCGAAAGACCGUCACCCCGGCCGGAUCCGACGGGGAAGGGGCCUGGAGCCUCCACGGCCUUGGGGAAUUUCGGGAGGUCCUCGAUGCCAACGUGGCCGGGACCUUCAAUGUGGUACGGCUGGCCGUCGAGCGCAUGCUGCUGGCUCCGGAGCCGAAAGACGGCGCAAAGGGAGAUUCCCCGUGCUCCACCGUACCGAGGGAGAGGGGCGUCGUGGUCAACACGUCCUCCAUCGCCGCCUACGAGGGCCAGAUGGGCCAAGYCGCCUAYGCGGCGUCCAAGGCGGCCGUCGCCGGGAUGACYCUCCCCCUCGCGAGGGACCUGGCCCCGCACGGGAUCCGCGUCAACGCGAUCGCCCCGGGGCUCUUYCGGACCCCGCUCCUGGAGGGCCUCCCCCAGCGGGUCCGGGACGAGCUGGGCGAAGCGGUCCCCUUUCCGCCGCGGCUGGGCGAACCGGACGAGUUUGCGGCCCUGGUCCAGUCCAUCGUCGAGAACCCGAUGAUCAACGCCGAGGUCGUGCGGAUCGACGGGGGCUUCCGGCUGCCCCCCCGGUAGUGCUGCCGCCGGGGGCACGACCGUGCCGCGGGCUGUCGGAACGGGCAACGGACUCGGGUGGUUUCGUCUCCGGGGUUGUACCAAUUAUGGAACAGCACCACGGCCCAGCGUACCUUGCAUGGCCGGUCGGUCCGGGUGGAAACAGCAAAGAGAUGACAUCACCGGCAUGCUMUAACUAUAUGGMAGUCUAACAAAACGAACGAUUCUCAGUUUCGCCUGGUUUUCCAGAUGAUUUUGGGGUCUUCGCCGCRAGUACAGGAAGAUUAGWAAAUCAAGCUGUUCGUUGAAUAGACUUUGUUUACUGGUGAGGUGAUGAAAUUGCARGUCUGWUGUUGCUCAUAGCCUGUGAAAUUCGAAUAGGCUCCUCAGGAAACAGCAAUGCGUAGUUUCCAAUGAACAGGGAGGUUGUUAAUACAUAUUACUCAUAUUACUACUUUAUUGUAGGAGUGCCGCAACCAGUGCAACUCGUACCAAYAACAGAAUACAUCCGCAGUGCUCUACUUUUCCCUCUAGUCACGGCACGAUAAUUCCCUGCAGUAAGAACUAAGUGGAUCGAUGGAGCAUUUCACUGUAGUUGCACUAUCCGUCUCGCAUUUGUGAUCACGAGAAUACUUUCCCAUCACCUUMAAAAUUUUAAUUUUAAGAAACAAAAACCGUACGUACCGUACCAUACUUGCGAUUACGAACUCGAAGCCCGSGAUAUUAAAUCAGAGUGGCGCGCCAGCGUCUCCUACCGUACCUGUCCAUCCAGAUGUUUUCCCGCACCUUAAUUGGAAAAAUUGGUUGUGGAACCYUGCUGCCACUUGUUCUAUCAAUCAAAAACUUCAAAACCAUUACUAGGAAGGAAUCGUAUUUCAAUUAUUUCUUGUUGUCGGAUAGUGCGAGGUGUGUACCGUAUGCAAACCAAUCAUUCKCGAAUCAUAAUCCGUCAAAGCUGAAUAUUCUCGAUMGUGUCGAUCGCAUUCGGAACCACGGUACCCGUUGGUCGCAAUCGUGACACCAUUUUUUUCGGAGAACACGAACACCRGGACGUGAUAGAGGUGUUCUGCGGCACGUUAGCAGUGUCAGGGAGUUGUCUUCGGAAACAYCAUACGGUUMGGUACGAUGAGUUCGAAACAAAAAGAUCACAACACAACACAAUGGUAYUGCAGCCGGCAACCGAAAUGGGAUGCACUCCUCCGGACGGGAAAAGGAGAUCUGUUACGGAUCAGCUACCACAUGAUGAAUGAAUCGAUGAAUGAUUGUUUUKAAAGUCUCUAUGAACGAGCAAGGCUAAGUAGCAGUAGGMAAUUUCUAAGUAACACAUAGCUUGUUCGUUUGCGAACCCUCACGAUCGGUGCACUUUUUGCCAUGGCAGGCGUUGUCUAUGCAUUGAAUGCUGUUGUCUCCGUAGGAGAGAAGUCACGAAGAAAGGACGAAGCUGCRCUCCGACCAACUUUGCGCUCCGGCAAUUCCACAUGGCACGGCCAGGACACCUAGAAAUGGCUCGAAACGAACGACACUGGACGGAACUAUUAUCCUAUUGCCUCGACCUAGAUGACCCCGCUAGAAGGCUACGGUGAAUAUGACCUCGCUAUAUGAUCCAUAUCGGAAUAUACCUUGAGAAUCUGUCUACAGUACUCAACAGGAGAAAGCGACAAUCGACACGGCUCAUUGGUGUUCUUCGAUGCAAGCAGGCUUCUCGACGAUCUUAGCUUUCUACCUACCUCGAUGCUUUCUCGGUUGUGAAAACCUACACAAGGCCCGACAYGACAAGAAACGGAAGAACGCAGCACCAUCCAUAGGAAACUUACACAAGGAACGGAAUGGAAUUGAAUCUCGGGCACCACCAAGCCCCCAAGCCAGCGGGACCCCUCCCCACAACCUAUACUAGCGCACAUCCACACGGACCGACACACCGGACAAAAAAACUGGUCACGAACUGACACAUCAACGGACUGACACAUCGGAAGGGAACCGUUCGGUGCAAUCUCUGCCAGCACCGUCGGUGGAACGAARUCGAGGCUUUUCACCUCCCCGGCAAUGAUAAACAAGGGGAGGUGUUUUUAUGCCGCGGGAAAAUAGGGAUCGAAAGGAGAAACCAUUCGUGCAACCAAUGCAAUCGGACGCCGGGUCGAAGACAGGUAAAAUGUAUGGAACGGGACACUCUUCAAUGAAUACGGACAAUGAUACGUAGUUUGUUUCGUACUUCUAAGCCUAGAAUAGAACAGUCAUGCUCGUAUUUGCAAUAAAUAUCAAGUUUUGUU